AUGAUCAAUAGUAAAUAUGAAAAUUUGAAAAAAUAUGAUUUGAAUUUACUUAAAAAUGAAAUAUUUAAAAAAGAAAAAAAUGAUUUAAAGAACAUUUUAUUUUUCCCAUCUUUAUAUUGGUAUAAUGGAAAUUUUUCUCCACCUAUUCCUUUAAUAAAAUAUGACGAAAAUAGUUAUAGUUUUAAUGUGAACGAUUAUAUAAUAUGCUCAAUCCAUAAACAUAGUGUAAUUAUAAGGAAAAUAUUCAAAAAUGAAAUAGUAAAAGUAAGUAUGUUUAAUGAUGAAAAAGUUUUAUCAUGUUUGUUUUAUAUUAAUAUAAGUUAUAUAUUAAAGUUGGUAAAUGUUUGCACACGUUUUUUUUCAAUAUAUUCUUUGUUAAAUGAGAGAAAAAAACCAAAAUGUGAUGAAAAAUGUGAAUCUAAGGAGGAAGGUAUAGAAAGGAAAAUCAAAAACAUGAAAAUAUUUAAAGAGGAUGAAAAUAUGACAUAUCUAUUAUAUUUAUAUAAUGAGAAAAAUGAAAUACAUUUAUUUGAUGUGGACAAAAAAUACUCAAUUUUAAAAAUACGAGAAAAUAAAAAAAUUAAUUGUUUUAAUUUUAAUUAUAUAUAUAUAAAUAAAAAAAAUAGUUUAUAUAACAAAAUGGUAAAUGAUGUAUAUGAAAACAACAUUAAAACAAUUGACAUAGAUUCUGUAGACGAAAAAUUAGUUAUGAAAAAUAAAUAUUGUUUUGAAUUAGCACAGGAAAAAUGUACGCACUAUUUAACACAUAAAAAUAGUGUCUGUAAUUGUGAUUAUAAUAAUAAUAACAAUGGAUUGAAUUUUUUUAAAAAACUUUUUUAUGUAUUAAUAUAUGGUGAUAAUGAAGGAAAUAUUUAUUUUUUUUUACCUGAAAAAAAAAUUAAACUAAAAAAAAAAAUAAGAAAGGAAAAUAUGGAUAUUAAUUUUCUUGAAACAAAUGUAAAAGAAUAUUUCAAUGUAAAAAAUAAAUAUGACUUAUUUAAUUUGAUUAAGAACAAUUAUUAUAUUUUUAUUGGAUAUAAAGAUUGUAUUUAUAUACUUAAUUUUUAUAUUUAUGAAAUAUAUUUUAUUAUUGAUUUAAUAAAAGAAGAUAAAAUAUAUUCAUUUAGCUCAAAAUUUAAUGAAAAAUUUGAAAAUUACAUAUCCUUUUCUACAAAAAAAUACGUUAAAAUUUUUAAUGUUAAUAAGAAAGAGGAAUUAGAUAAUGUAAUCAUAAACCCUGGUGAUAUCAAAUCAGCCAAAAAUGUUGAUGUGCAUGUAAAAAAUAACAAUAUUCUUGAUAUAGACAAUGUGGAAAUUAAUAAAUUGGAAUGUGAUAACCCAUUGAAUAUUCUCAAAACAGAAGAAAAAGACAAAAAAAAAAAAAUAGGAUCAAAUAUAAAUAAAGAAGAGAAGGAAUUAAAAUAUCAUAUUUGUAUAUCUUUUGAUUCAAAAAAUAAUUUAUAUAUAUCAAAUGAUAUAGGAAUUAUAUAUGCAUAUAAUUUAAAAGAAAAAAAAGUUGUGAACUCACUGAACAUUUUUUGUAAACGUAUUUUUUAUUUAUUUCAAUUUAUAUUAAAUAGUAGAGAAUAUAUAUAUAUAUAUGAUUCUGAAAAGUUUUACUUUUUAUAUGAUACAGAUGAUAAUAAAAUAAUCUAUAAAAAAUUUACUAUAAGUGCUUGGAUAUAUAAUAUUUUAUGUUUUAAUAAUAAUAUAUUUUUUUCUCUAGGGAAUGAAAAUAUAUAUAAUUUACAAACAACAAAUUAUGAAGAUAUAUUUAUAAAAAAUAUUUAUUAUGACAAUAUAAAUAUUUGCACAUAUCUAAUUAAUCACCCUUUCUUGCCUAUUAUAUCAUUUAUUAACAAAAAAUCACAAUUUGGAUUUUUCUUUUUUCAUAAUGAUGAAAAAAAAAAAAAAAAAACAUGUAUUCCUUCUAUAAAUGAAAAUAAAAAUGUUUUAUCUAUAUGUUGGUUUCAAAAGAAAAAACAGGUUUUAUCAUUACCAAUGAUAGUAGAGGAUAAUAAAUUAACCAAUAAUUUGAUUUUUGAUAAAAAUAAACAACUUGAAACUAAUGAAGGAUAUAUUAGCAGUUAUUUACCACUUUAUGAUGAUAAUACUGUACAUAAAAUGUGCAACAAUUCAAUAACAGAUUCUAUAAAAAUUUCAGAAGAAAUAAUACAAGGGUCAAAAAAGAAACGAAAAAAAAAAAACAAUCCCGAAGUUAAUAACUAUGAUAAUUAUGAUAAUCAUAUUGUUGUGUUAACUUAUCAAUCAUUAUAUUUAUAUAAUAUACUAAAUAAACAAAUAAAACAAUUAAAUAACAAUUUGUUAAAUAAUUUAUUUGCUUUAAAAGAAAGAAAAAAGUAUAUUGCAUCAACUAUACUAAAUAGUAUGUGCUAUGUUUUUAUUUUGUGUGAUAAAAAAUUACUUGUAUUUGAUGAAAAUUUUAUUUUUACAAGUUAUAUAAUAAAAAUAAAUGAAAAAAUUAAUAAAAUGUAUAUAAGGAAUAAUAUUAUAUUUAUACAUUCAAAUAACAAUGUCUAUUUUUCAUAUGUACAUGUAAUAAUUAAUAAAUGCUCCAUAAAAUCCAAUAAAACGAGCAAUACUCCAAAUUUUACAAAUUGUGAUAAUAAUAAAGAUAUAUUAGAAAAUCGAGAAUUAUAUUUUAUCAAAUUAAAAUUAAUAAAUAGUUUUAAAAUUAUUCUUUUUGAUUUUUAUAAUAUAGGGGACUAUAUUUAUGUUGCCAUUUUUUCAAAGAAAAAGACGAUUUUCGUAUACAAAAUAUAUAUAAGGAAUAUUUAUAUGAAUAACAACAUACACGAAAACAAUAUUAAUAAUAGACAUAGUGAAAUAAUAUGCAAAGAAAAUGACAUUAUAUUAGAACAAAAUUCUCAAAUCGAAGGCGAAUUAAUUGCUCAAUUUUUUAACUUUUAUAUUUUUGAUCAUAUAAAUAAAAUUGGAAGUAUUAUAUCCAUGAAAUUUUUUUAUAAUUCUAUAAAAAAAAAAAUAUAUCUUGUUUUUGGAGGCCUAGAGCAGUUUCUUUUUUUGUGGAAUUUUUUGAAGUAUCCUCUUGUUAGGAAACAACCAAAGGAUUAG